AUGGAAGUCGAAAUCCGGGCAAAUACCGACCAUACCAAUUUAAAUUUCACACUAAGAGUUGUAGGGCUUUACCCCAUAGGGAGCCCUUCCAGAAAUUCUCAAUGGCCGAGCUUGAACCCAGGCCAAAGAGGGGGUUUGGAAAUAGUUUUCAACCAGCAAUAGACGCGCCUCGGUUAGUACCUCACUAGCUGCGUCAUUGCCCCAAGCGCAAAGAUACUUAGCAACAUAGGAAAUCCCUGAUUUUAUAUGAUUGAUUAGACCUUUCCAUGUUCCUCCGGGUCGAUGUGGGACAUCUUUCAUGCCACUUACAAAUGCACUCAAGUUUAU